CGCGUGCUACUGGCGGCAGUUCGCCAUCUUGUGUUUGGUGGUGCCGGUAUUCGGGCGAGGCAAAGGUACGCCGUCGACGUUUUAGGAACGUGAACUGCAGCAAGGCACUCGAGCCGUGACACCGGCCAGCGAAGAUGGCGACGAGAAGCGUCCGCAAGACCGUUGUCACCACCACGACAUCAUCUCAAAGCGCGUCGUCGUCGCAGGACCGCGGCGACAACGAGGAGAACCCGGCGGCCGGGUUUCAGACUCCGGCCGAAGGUGGGCGCGGGCGACACGACCGGCGCUCACGUUCGCCGUUGAGUCAGUCUCGAUUUACCCGGAUUCAGGAAAAGAAUGAACUGGCUAACCUCAACGACCGGCUCGCGGCAUACAUCGACAGAGUGCGUGAGUUGGAAACCGAGAAUAGUCGACUCACACAGCAGAUAGAGACGAGCCAAGAGACCCGCACUCGUGAAGUGACCAGCGUUAAGAAUCUAUACGAGAGAGAGCUGGCCGAGGCCCGGCGGGCCGUCGACGAUACAGCCAACGAAAGGGCCAAGCUUCAGCUCGAAGCGAAGAAAUGGCAGGCCGACGCCGAGGCGUUGCAGGCCAAGCUGAACAAGCGGGAACGCGAGUGGUCAGCGGCAGAGCGUCGUGCAACAACAUUGGAGUCUCAGGUUGUGGAUGUGCAAGGGCGCCUGAACCAGGCAUUGUCACAACUUAAGGAUGCUGAGAACGAGCGGGACGCCCUGGCAAAAGAACUGGAGAGAAUCAAGAAAGAACUGCAAGAUCAGGUCCUGCGUAACACAGAACUCAGCAACCGAGCCAGAACGCUGAAUGAGCAGCUUGACUUCCAGAGGUCCCUUUAUGAAAAGGAGUUAGAGGAAGUGCGGAUUGUGAAGCAGACUGAGAUCACGGAAAUUGACGGGAGGCUGAAGGAGAACUACGAGCGCAAACUGGCCGACACGCUGCAGGAGCUUCGUGAGCAGUACGAAUCGCAGAUGCGGCUGAACCGGGAGGAAAUGCAGAGCAUCUAUGAGACCAAGAUGCAUGACCUUCAGGAACUGCUAGACCGGCGCUCUUCUGACUCCUCUGUGACCCGUGAUGAGCUGCACACCUACAAGACUCGCCUGGAAGGUGUCAACUCGCGCAUUUCAGAGCUCGAAUCACUGAACCAAUCUCUGUCGUCCCGUGUGCGGGACUUGGAGCGGCUCCUAGAGCAAGAGCGUGACUGGCACACCCGAGCCCUGUCUGCAAAGGAUGAGGAGAUCCACCGGCUGCGUGCUGAGAUGGAGCAGCAGCUGGUCGAAUACCAGGACCUGCUGGACAUUAAGGUGGCACUUGAUCUCGAGAUUGCUGCCUACCGCAAGCUGCUUGAGGGAGAAGAGACACGCCUCAACAUCACUCCAACAUCCAGCCCUACAAGCUCGGAAAUGUUUGUGACUCCUCACCGUGGUACCAAGCGAAAGCGCACCUUUAUGUCCCACCGUGAAGAACAGAGCAACUCCGAUGCCCAAGUGACUGCAUCUGCAAAGGGAGACCUUGAACUUUCUGACCACUGCAUUGAUGGCAAAUACGUUGCCGUCCACAACAAAGGAACGAAGGAGGUGCCCUUGGCUGGUUGGCAGGUUCACAGCAAAGCAGGCAACGAUGAGUUCACGUUUAAGUUUCACCGCACCCACGUGAUCAAGCCAGGAGCCACAAUCACUAUCUGGAGUCCCGAUUGUGGGGUCACACACAACCCCCCAGGAGACCUGGUCAUGCGCAGCACCAAGUGGCCGAAGGGAGAGCAGAAGCGCACAGCACUCCUCAAUUCGGAAGGCCAGGAAGUGGCGACACGGGAAAGUCGUCGUAGCCAGUUCAGCCGGCUCUCCGAACGCAGCUCGGGCAUUGGCGGUGCCUCUGGCUUCCGCAGCGAGCACAUCUUCCACGAUAAUGUGGACCCAAAUGACCCAAAUCGGUGCAGCAUUAUGUGAACUUCACCCUCACGAGAGUGCUGUCACCACUGCACCUAGACAACCGAGCAUGUGCCAUCAGAAUACAUCAGCGCUUUUACUUUGUACUGCUCUACAGUUUUGCUCGUUUAAUGUACCAUCAUGGACGGCAAAGUGUGUGCCACAUUUCAUUUUCACUUCCGCUUUAUUCCUUUCAACACAUAUUCUUUAUUACACUUGAACCUGUUUUAAUUGCACCAAUGGGUGCAUUUCCCAAACAGCUCUGUAAUUGAAAAUAUAGUAAAAUGUUUAAGCUCCUUUUGCAAAUGAACAUCUGUUCUAUGCUUCUCUGUAAAAGUUUUGAAAAUUUUAUUUCUCUUCCUUCCUCACUCCAUAUCCUUGGGGUUGUCCAUUUCGGUUAUUGUAUGCAUAUCAUGCAUAUAGGGCCACUUAUUGAGAAUUUCUUUUCUUUAUUUCACCAAUUUUUUUGUGCAACCAAAAAGAAUAUACAUAUAAAUAUAAUCUUUAUUUUGUGUGUUUUACAUAUUCAGUGGCUAUUUGUAGAACAAAGUAAAAGCUAUAAUUAAAGCAUGUUUUUUCUUGUGUUUAUUAACCCUUUUAACUCUAGCACUUCAGUGCUAGAGUUAAUAUUCUCUCAUGCUUGCUCUUUGAACCUUUCGUGAGAGUUGGCUCAUGCUGUUUAGAAGUUCAUUGUAUUCGUUUUUGUUUUUGCCUCUGUUAGCUUUGUCCAACGUCAUUUUAAUUGUCCUUGUCUGUGAACUUCAGGGUGACCACUUAUGACGAACAGAUUUUAACUUGUAUCUUUUGUAGAGUUGCUUGCUAAAUUCUGUGGUUGGGAUCCUUAGCAUCUUAGGUUGAGGCAUUUGUUAAAAACCAUAAAUCGUGUCAAACAAUAAUAGUCCAAAUAUCAUCUCCGUAAUUUCUUUGCGCAAGGUAGCACGAGUUCAGAUGACAACCAGUUGUGGGGCAAUCAUUAAUCAUUAGAACUGCCUGCUCUCAAAUUGAGAAAAUGUAAACUACAAAUUUUAUAUAUAUUAUUCAGACAAGCAGCAUUAAAAAAAAUUAUCUUUGGGUGAAACAUUUCCCUUGUUUUGGGCUGUUUUUUGACACUCUAUGCUCCCCCCUCUCUUUUUCUUGUUUUUAUUAUUAAAGAGCUAUUUGCUUUUUAUUAAGUUCAUCUGGUUACUCCAAUGAACUUGCCUGUACCGGUGUUUGCUUUGCCUCCCGAAGUAUCUCUAAACAUGGGACUUCUUCUCUUGCUCUUUGCGGAGUUUUAAAUAUUGUAUUCUAUAUCCCUUGCGAUAAGCUGGGUUCACACAAGAAAGCGAAUCACCAAUUCAGUCUGUUCCUUGGGCAUGACAUUCAGUUGUACCAAAUUGCACCAUGCGUAAGAGUUAUUGAACAACUCAAGUACACAGAAUGGAUGGGCAAUUCAGUUUCUGAAUGCACCUUUAAUAGGGAUUCCAUUGCUGCUAAGAGGAAAUAGUUUUUUGUUGGAAUGCUGGUAGAAAAUAAACCCUCCGUUCUGCCCUGUCUAAGGUUUAGUCAUCAAAUAAAUGAGAAUUUCAUAUCAUUUUGCAUAUACCUGCAAAAGGAAGAGCACAGGUAACCCAUCAUCAUGUCACUGCUGGUCACAUUUAUAUAUUGAAAAAGCUUGCACUUGACUUCAACAUGAACCACGUCACGCUUAAUCUUCAUUAUUGAAAAUGCACACAUCGAAAAUUGUGUACCUUCAGUGCAUUUCCUAGUUUAUUGUGCCACUUUAAUUGCCUGCCUGAAGCAACUGUGAUCGUAGGGCACAAUUGCUCUCGGGUUUUGUAUGGCUCUACCACGUCUGGCAUAAGUUUUUGCACUUCCGUUCACGUUUGCCUUCAUGAAUACAUGAACUGCAAUGUAGUUCUUGCAUUCACUUUUUGUCUCCCCUCGUUUUCACUUCCAUUCAGUACGAAGGCACUUUAAAUACUACUUGAUCUUCAUUGUUGCUUUGUUCACAUUAUGUGGCUUGAAUGAAGCCAUAGGUCAACACAGAUAUUGGCACGUUUUGCUCUGAUAAUGGCAGCAGUACUUUCAUUUUAGCACGUGAACAUGGCAGUGUUGUUGUCACCUUUUUCUGGUGCACCUGUAUUCGGUGUUUUUGUGCUUUCAUGCUUGAAACUACGUGAAAGUUCUAAGAUAUUCAUGUACUGCGCUUACGAUGCUGGAUGGUGCUUUAUGUCCAUGAUGACGUGAUACGAGCACCGCUCCACAUUUUGGUUUUAAAUACUACGAAACAGAGAUGAAAAGUAAAGAAAUGGCAUCCUUGUGAUUUACGUAGGGAGUUUUGCAUAGAAGAAAUUCACAAUGUACAUCAGAUGCUAAGUUUGACUUUGUGCACUUGCGUAUACCUAGGCUUGGUAGGCGGUUGUUACCGGCUUCUCUCGCUGCUGCUGAAAUUGCUGGACAGAGCUUAUAACGUGUUGCUUCCGUACGCUUUGACUUUUUUCUAGUUAGCAUAGUUGAUAACACGCCCAUGAAAUGUGCAUGCUGGAUGCUCAUAGGUGCUGAGUUCACUGUUACUACAAGGGCUGUUGUUCUUAAAUAGUAUCAAAAUUACCAUGUUUCUCACACUGGUAUGGGCAUCUGUUUUAUAGUGACAUGGCUACAGUUUAUAGUUGCUACGGCUUGCCCAUUCUGGGCAGGUCAAUGCCGAUCAUUUACCAGAGCCAAUUAAAUUUUGACCUUAUGACAGUGCCCAUGUUAAGCUGUUGUGAUGAAAAUGAAGCAAGCUAGUGGUUUGAACUUUAUCAGAAUGGCUGUCAAAUAUGACCGUGCACUGUAUGGUCAGUUGCUGUGCUUUUUGAAAGGCUGCAUAGAUGCCGACUAGGUAUAUUGUAGAAUUGCAAAGCAUGAGCAACUUGCGUAAAUCAAAUGCUGUUUUGUGUUGCCUAGUUGUUUGGGCGUCCGUUUUUUCAAAUGUAUGUUGUAGGUGCUUGUGACAAUAUUUGUGUUAUCUGUUCAUUUACGUUGGGUAGCAUUUCUUUGAAGAAAGCUAAACCUACAGUGCCAGUGACCACUGCCAUGCUUCACCCCAGAAUGCACUCUGUUUGCAAGUUGCAUACCACCCAUGAAGUAUAACCUUGAGCACAUCACCGCUAUUCAUGCUAACACGAAGAAAUGUCUCGACAGAUACCUAUGCAGUGUCAAAUGCUUUCACACUGCUUACAAGAAAAGUGCCUAGCUGUAUAUCCGUCGAGUAAGCACUUAGAGAUUUGUGCAACUGUUAUUGUCUUUUUUUUUUGCUUGUUGGAAAUUGUUUUAAAUUUUGCUUAACUGGGUGCUUUAUCCUCCUUGCACCGUUUUGAUUUAGCAGUUUCCCACUGCCGCAAUUGUGUUCUUGGUACAAAGGUGCAAGAUCACCUGAUUGUGUGUUCUGAGUGAUGUCACGCACACGCACAUAAAAAGCGAGCAGUGAUUUGGACAUACUUUGUUUCGCUUGGCUUCUGAAAUAUAUUGCACGUCCAUUCAUUUCGAGAUUUCUUGUGUGGCUGUGGCUCUGCAUUCUUGUGGUGUACAAAACACUAUUAAAGUUGAAUCUAUUUGUA